UUUUUGAAAGCAUUCUUACUUUACAGCAUUUUUUCACACCUGCCUAAAACUUUUGCACAGUACUGUAGAUUUAUAGAAAACAACUAUAAAAACUGUAACAGCGCGCUACCAGGAGACUCGGUGAGCACAGUAGAUAACUACAUUGAGAGUAGCAACUUCUCAGACUAUAAUAUUAACACGGGACUAAAUGGCUACGAAAGACAUAUUUGGAUUUGUUUUCAGGUAGAAAAUAAGGAAACUGGAUUUAAAAAAAAAAAAAAAAAAUUAAUUUUAUUUAUUUGUUUUUUUAUUGCAAGACCAGGUAUUUGUACGUAAGAAACACAUCUACUUUCAUUAAUCUCCUGAGGGAAAUUGUUUUAUUUAUUUGUUUAUUUUAUUUAUUUUGUGUCGUUCAUUUUACACUAUAUGGCAUUGGCCCCAGAACCGCAAAACUUGUAAAAAUUGGUCAAAUCAUGUAUCUUGCAGGAGUGUUCAGUUGACGACAUGAAUUAAUAAUUUAUUGAUUUGAAAAAAAAAAAAAAAAGUAAUCUUAUUAUAAAUAUGUUAAAAUAGUGGUAAGCUUGGUGAAGUUUGCUUAGGCUUUUUUAUGUAGGGGUGCAUGCUGUUUAGGUGAAACUGAAGCCCUGGGAGAAGGCUUCCUCAGUUCUAACAUCAGUGUCCCACUGCCACUUAUAACUGAGUCAUGGUCCUUUCAUUUAAAUGCAGGUUAAAAGCUAAUCAAAGUGUUGUACAAUGUUGCAGGUUUUCCACAUGACAAAAUAGCUCAGAUGUUACUCUGGUUCCAGUUAACUGUUCUGCUUCAGUGAGACAGUAACUGUUUCGGUGGUCUGUUGGAUUUAAUUCUGAAACCAUCUAUGCAAAUUGCCAACGGUCCUACGAAUGAGAUGUAAAACCAUUUGGUCCAUUUGUAAGUGACUCUGCAGCAGCAGUUGUGAUGCAUAGUUCAUCCCCAAGUCUCUUAAGUCGCUUUGGAUAAAAGCAUCUGCUAAAUGACUAAAUAUAUUUCUUCAGAGGUCCUUCUGUUGAUAAUGUAAAAGUGGGCAGGGGCAAAUGAUUAAUAGGCUUUCCGAACUACAUUACUUGUUCUACAUUAUAAAUGUGACUUAAUGGGCAGGGGACCUGAUGGUCAAUUGGGAUAAAAUAUGUAUUGUUAAAAUCUAGUAUUAAAAUAAUCAGAUGCAUUCUAAAUUUGCCCUGAACUGAUCACCUCUUUUUUUUUUCUCCAUGGUUCCUGGAUUUUCUUCACUGGCAUAACAUAUUACUAAUAGCUCCUGAUAUAAGACUGUAUCUACUGGCACGGGUAAAUCUGUUUCUCAUUGUUUAUGAUUCGCUUUUCUUGAUCAGUUUGGAUGCAUUAGAUUCUGUUCCAAUUGAUAGUGUAAUUUUAUACGACACAGAACAGUAAAGUUACAAAAUAUAUUUGUUAAUAAAAUAAUUGUACUUUAAUCCUCUUAAAAAGGGUCCCUGUGGUAUAAUGUAUCACUCAGUGCAUCUUCAGGAAUUGUUUGUUUAAUUGGACAAGAUGUUAUGAGUCUUUUCAAAUCGGCAUAUAUUUAACAGACCCUGGUUGCUCCUAUUGCAGAGACCUGGUCGUUUUGGCAAUUCAACAAGGUACCACCGACAAAACAUAACCAUAUUAACCAGUUCCUGAGAACCCUGAGUGUUAUUUAAACUUGCAGAAGCCUAGUGUACACACCAAGCAUUGGUCAAAAGCAUGCUUUGCCGACAGAGUGCUAUAAUGAUAUACAUUGAUCAGCUGCCGUUAAUGGCAUAAUCACUACUGGGAGGUAAUUUGUCAAAUAGCCAGAAUAUAUCUAAAAAUCAACUAUUUUCAUACAUGGAAUAGAGCUACAGAGGGCUCAGUGAAAGUCGGGACUUUUUCCAUUUUGAAAAAAAGUCCUGUUCAAUUCUGAAUUGGCCUAAAGAGAUGAGUAGUACCUCACGUGGUUUUAUUACUUAAAGAAGACAUUUAUAUAGGAAGGUGUUUGACUUCUAGACCCAUAUUGUUCUCUAUAUUAGUGGUAGAUAAGGAGAUCUACUUUUUUAAAAUUUGUUUUCUUUUGAUCAGAGUUUAAAGAUACGUACAAAACAAAACUGCUCCAAAACACAUUACUUGCAGGCAGUCCUCACUCUGGUAGCAAGUGCUGUUUUUUCAACAGGUCCAGAAGCUGUUUGAAACUUAAAAUGGAAGGGGAGAUAAAGCAGGUGUUUCAUUUUUAUUUAAUGUAUUUAUUAUAUUGGUUGAGGUGGGGGAAAAAAGUGCUAGAUAUUAAUCUGUCCACAAAAUGGCACUCCAUGUUUUUCCACAAUAAUCUCUGAUGACAUCAUUGCUGCAGAAGAGAUGGACAUGUCUAAAGAUGAUGAUGAUGAUGAUGGAUAAAAUCAUGAUAUCAGCAGCUGGGGUGAUUUUGUUACACAUUGUGAAACUAUACUAACAGUAAGUUAAAAACGCCUUUUUUGUUUGCAUUUUCUCCAUACAUUUAUAAUCAUCCUGUUAAAAAAGCAUUUUUCCAAAUUGAAUGUGGUGCUUAGUGUUGUUCGAACUGCUGCUUAUUCCCAGUUUGAAUAUAUUUCAAAAUAAACACAAAUACUUUUGUAUUUAAUAUCCUAUAAUUUACCAUUUUCCAUCCAUCCAUUAAUGUUUUAAGAUUCAAUAUAUUAAAUGUUUUUAUUUUUUCUACUUUGACCCAUCUCUAUACAUGAAUGUAUCAACACAAUAAUUUGUUUGUAUAUUACAGAAAACUUUCAAGAGGCAGCGGCAAGCUUCUUGUAUCCUGACCUGUAAAAACAAUGUCUUCAUCCCUAUGACAGGAAUACAAUUUAAUUUGAUUAAUGUGUAUUGGGAUCUUUUUGUGGUUCCUUGUUAAAAAAAAAAAAAAAUUGCCAUUCCCAGUACAAGUCGCUGGUUCUUGCACAAAUGUGCAACAGGAGACCCGUUGCUAUGCAACUAUUUGACCAGGUAUGGUCGCCCGUAAUGAGCUGAUCGGGAGGUCCGGAUUGUCUACAAUCCAGAAGGAGAGCGUCCGUGCUGUAGGAUUAACUUCAACAGAACACUUCAGCUGCAAGACGGUGCCUUUGAAGACUGAACUCAGCCAGGACUGUUACAAUGAUCUGGAGUCGCUGGGAGGCUGGGACUUCAGGAGCAACAGGAAUAGCGUUUACUGAAAGCAACCAGAAGGACCUGCUGAAGCUGACUGGCACAGUUCAGGUUAAAUAUCAAGCCCCAGGCAAUUGUGAACGGCCUGCUCAUAGAAAUGGUAGCCAAAUUUGAAGAAGAUCCCCUCUUGCUUCAAAGUCUAGAGAUGACAAAGACUCGGCCGAGCUCAUGGCUUUCCUGGCGAGGAUCUCUGGAGGUGUGUCUGACAUGACCCUCCAAUCGGCAGUCCGAGUGGGUGGGGACAGAGCUUACAGACCAAUUAACAUAGUCACAGUGGUUGGGGGUUGGAGACUUGGCCAUGGCCUGUGUGAUGAGUAUUUUCGCAAAGAUUUCUCUUCCAGUGCGGGUUCCAGGGUUGUCGUGGUAACAGCAAACUCCUGGAGUAAUGACCAAUCGUAUGGGAGCGUUGUCCAGACCAACGUGGACCUGUUCCGAGGCAUCAUCCCCUCUGUGGCUCACUACAGCCCCAGUGCAGUGCUGCUCAUCACCUCCCAGCCAGAAAUCGGGACCGACACAAUGGGAAAAGCCUGCCUGACUGUGACCAAGUACUUCCUGUUCUUAUUCAACCUCCUCUUCUUCAUUUUCGGAGCUCUGAUUUUGGGAUUUGGAUUAUGGAUCCUUCUCGAUAACCAAAGUUUCAUUGCAGUUUUGCAGAAAUCCUCCGAUUCUCUGAAGGUGGGCGCCUACAUCCUGAUCAGCGUUGGCUCCCUGGCCAUGCUCAUGGGAUUCCUGGGCUGCAUGGGAGCCGUGUACGAGAUCAGAUGCCUUCUGGGUUUGUACUUCACCUGCCUGCUGUUAAUACUCAUUGCCCAAGUGACUGCUGUAGUCCUCAUUUACUUACAGCGUGAAACGCUGAAGAAGGAGAUGUCCUCUAUCAUCACAGACUUGAUUGUGAAAUAUGAAGGCAACAGCACUACUGAUAUUGCCUGGGACUACAUCCAGAGGAAUGCUGGCUGCUGUGGCUGGUUGGGACCUGCAAACUGGGCAAUGAACCCUGUGAUUAAGAACAGCUCCAUGAUGCUCUACCCCUGCUCCUGUGGAAAUGGCACUGCGGACAGCGACUUCUGCAGCAGCAACACCAAAGACUGGCCCGUCCACAGCGAGGGCUGCAUGGCAAAUCUACAGAAAUGGCUUUACGACAAUGUUGGAGUUAUUCUUGGAAUCUGUAUUGCAGUGGCAGUCAUUGAGAUGAUUGGAAUGAUCCUGUCCAUGUGUCUCUGCAAGAACGUACACCAGGAAGACUACACUAAAGUCCCCAAGUACUGAGGCCAUUGAAAUUACCAAGCAAGAGACAUGGAAUUCUGAACCAGUGUUGGCACAGGGCUGAGUUGAGGAACCAUUCUCUAUUUUAAUGCUUCAGGUGCUCAUCAGCCACUCUGAGAGCAGCUCAUAAAUAACACAUGGUUUGUGGGUCAACGUCUGUACAUGGACGUUUGGAAAUUGUAGUUUCAGACUUAAUUUUUUUUUUGUUAUAUCAAAACUUUGAGAAUUUGUCCGAGCCAAUAAGGCCUUCACGGAUGCACCUGUGUAAAUGCUUUUUUCUUUCUUUUGUUAAACAUAAGAUAUAGUUUGUUGGUUGUUUGUUUAAGCACUUCUUUUAGUUGUAUUUUCCCAGAGCACUUUUAAACUGUUGAUCAGUGAUGUAAAGACCUGUCAAUGCUCAGAGUAAGAGCAUGUCAUGUCUGGUUAUUUUUAGCUACAUUUCAUGAAGACCAAGAGAAAGCGAGCACCACCCAUUUAAGAACACUGUUUUUACAAGCUGCUUAUUACAUACUGCUGUUGUAACUGCUCUCUGCAAAUUGUGGCAAUAGACAGAACUGCUAUUGUGAUUACAUAUUUUAUUCAUAUAUACUGUAUCAUUAAUCACAUAGGGACUUGGUGACAAAGUUGUUUCACUGCCCCUCCAUUCAUACUGUUAGUUGGGCUUUUGUUUGGACAAUUGUUGGCAGAAACAUGAUGUUGACUGAAGUUUUGCCAUGGCAGUGUAAAUGCAAUAAGCAGUUCUAUGAGCUGUGUCACAUACACAAGGGUCAUUGAACAGGAAUUUUUCAAGAUCUCUGUCUGUAACAAUAUAAAGCUCUAACCUUUGGAAAUUACAAAGUUUAGUAAAAGCUUGAGUCCUCCUGAAAUGUGUUGUUAUUUUUUUUUGCAAUGGCGCCGCAGUUCUUUCAGUGACGGUACCAUGGGAUGGCUCUCUUGCUGUAGUAUUGCAAUGAUAUUCCAGUCCAUGCAAUACUGCCGUUCUUCCCUUGAGCCUGUCAGUGUCAUUUUCAUUGCUUCUCUCGGCUUUUGCAAAUAUUUGCCAUCAAAAAUCCACUGACCUGACCCGUCUUUAAAUGGUUUGCAUGUUCUUUUUUGUUUUUAAUAAAUGUAUAUGUUACUGUAGUUAAGGAUAGCUAAAUCAAGUAUCAGUAGUUAGUCAUGAAGCCUUAUUUUGUAUGUUAAUAUUUUUGAGGGGAACAUGAUUGUCCAGAUAUUUGUUCUGUUCUCUCCUCCCCUAUUGAUUUCGUUAGUAUUGCGCAUGCUCAACAAAAUUAUAACCACCCUAAGAGUGAUUUCAAUAACUGGUAAAUAGACUUUGUCUUUAGUUCUGGUCUUUGUAUAUAUGUAAUGGUUUUGCCAUAGGAGUGAGUGUAACCCAGCCAUUGAGGUUCAUGUUACUUUGAACCCCAAUAUCAUGUCAUUGGAGCUUGUGCCUUUAAAGGACUAAAACCUAAGGAAAAAAAUGUAUACCUGUUACCUUGAAUACAGUGAUAUUUUGGAAACCUUGUUCAGAAAAGUGGAAAGUAUCAAGACUUGGUUAAUAUUCCUAUAAUGGGAAAGAUGUCACUUUUUUUUUAGUGUAAUGUAUAUCAGGGUCACAUCCAGAGCCUGCAGCAUAUUUUUUGUAACUCAUGUUGGUACAGUAGAAGGGGGUGCCUAUAGUAGCUCCUGAAUUAACAUUGUAAGUUAUAUAUUUACAGCUUUGUAAAAUUAUUUUAUUUUAAGGAAAUGGUGUUAAUGCUUUUUUUUAUUUGUAACUGCUCCUCUGAGGAUCAUUAUGGAACGAUGGCUGAAAUGUAAGCAAUUAAGAACUGGAAUAACAGUAUAUUCCCCAAAGGAAGAAUGUUUCAAAUCAGGCAGUCAUGUUCCCAACAAAAACAAAGCUAUGGCACGUCUAUUUUCAGAGCUGCUUGACUUUAGAAAACUUUGGUCUCAGUCCUAAGCUAACAAGGGACUGAUGUCAAAUCCAGUUCCCUAAGGGUCCUAAUGACUGGGCAUUAACCAUUGUUCUGGUUUCAGGAAUGUUUUCUAUAGUAUAGACUGUGCAAAUAGCCAGCAAGGUCAAUAUAUUGUAUAAAGUUCAAUAGAGGCAUGUUAUUCUUUAGUACUUUAAAAUGAUAAAGGCUUUUUUUGUUUGUUUUAAACAUUUGAUUUUAAGUACAAUCAGGUGUAUUCACACAAUUGUUUCCUAUAUACAAUAUUAGAUACUAGAUUUUAGUAUAAGGAGCAUUAUUACAAGGUAUAUUUUUGUUUGGUAAAUGUAACCGUUAUAAUUAAAGUAGUAAUAAAAAAAAUCCCCCCCUAA